CAAUGGUCUAACCGAGGUGGGGGGAUUGUGGUGGUGACGGGAUGGCGGUCGCUGAGGUUGAUAAACCGGCCCUGGACUGGAGACAGGCAUUAAAGAGCCGACUGGAGGCUGUUGCCUCUCAGAAAGGUGCCAAUGUAAAUCUGUUUAGUCUAAAACAGCGAAAGAACAUAUGGAAAGAAUAUAUGAGAAAGGCCAUGGGGGGUUCACAGCAUCUACAUCUGGGAAACUCAGAUUUACAAGGAUUUUACCAGAAUUCAAAGGAUGCAAUUUUCAGGAAAAAUUGAGUCGCCUGGCCAAGAGGAAAACUGAUAGUGGCCUUUCAAAUUGUGAAGUGGUUUGACAGUAUGUUACAAAAAACAUGAAUACACAAGUAAAGCAAAACCUGUUGAAGUUGAUGACAAGAUCCUUCCUGAAGAAAUUUUAAUGAUCUUGUCUGUUUUCAAAUGAAACAGCUAAAAAAACAGACCAAGAACUAAAGGAUAAUGAGAUGGAUCUGUUCACCAAAUACUACAUUGAAUGGAGAGGAGGCAGGAAAAAGAACAAUCUAUCAUACAAAAGCAUCCCAAGAUUUUAUUAUAGGCUUCCAGCAGAAGAUGAAAUUUUGUUGCAGAAAUUAAGAGAAGAAUCCAGGGCUGUAUUUCUUCAGAGGAAGAGUAGAGAAUUGCUCGAUAAUGAAGAACUACAGAAUUUGUGGUUUUUACUAGACAAACAUCAAACCCCUCCUCUGAUAGGAGAGGAAGCAAUGAUAAAUUAUGAAAAUUUUCUGGAGGUCAAAGAGAAAGCAGGACAGAAAUGCAAGCAAUUCUUUGCAGCUAAGAUUUUUGCGAAACUCUUGCACAAUGACCCAUAUGGAAGGAUAUCCAUAAUGCAAUUCUUCAAUUAUGUCAUGCGAAAAGUUUGGCUACAUCAAACAAGGAUAGGUCUGAGUUUGUACGAUGUAGCAGGUCAAGGAUAUCUUCGUGAAUCUGAUUUGGAGAAUUACAUUUUGGAGCUGAUUCCCACUCUACCACAGCUUGAUGGCUUAGAAAAGUCCUUCUAUUCAUUCUACGUGUGCACUGCUGUUAGAAAAUUUUUCUUCUUCCUUGACCCACUCAGAACAGGCAAGAUAAAAAUCCAAGAUAUUUUGGCCUGCAGCUUCUUGGAUGAUUUGUUAGAGCUCAGAGAUGAGGAACUGUCUAAGGAAAGUCAAGAAUCAAACUGGUUUUCUGCUCCUUCUGCACUGAGAGUAUAUGGUCAGUAUUUAAAUCUAGAUAAAGAUCACAAUGGAAUGCUCAGCAAAGAAGAACUAUCGCGUUAUGGUACUGGAACUCUUACUGGCGUGUUUUUGGAUCGGGUUUUUCAGGAGUGCCUAACGUAUGAUGGAGAAAUGGAUUACAAGACGUAUCUGGACUUUGUUCUUGCUUUAGAAAACCGAAAGGAGCCUGCUGCUCUUCAGUAUAUCUUUAAAUUACUGGAUAUGGAAAAUAAGGGCUAUCUUAACGUUUUUUCCCUCAAUUUCUUCUUCAGGGCUAUACAGGAGCAAAUGAAACUUCAUGGGCAGGAGCCAGUUUCUUUUCAGGAUGUUAAGGAUGAAAUCUUUGACAUGGUUAAGCCUAAAGAUCCAUAUAAAAUCACCCUUCAAGAUUUAAUAAGCAGUGGACAAGGUGACACCGUCAGCAGCAUUCUAAUUGAUCUAAAUGGUUUUUGGACUUAUGAAAAUCGAGAAGUUCUUGUUGCAAAUGACAAUGAUGGUAGUGCUGAUCUGGAUGAUUCAUGAUUCUGAUUCUGUGUACAGCUUUUUUUUAUUCUCACCUGUACUUAAUCAACAUUUUUACUGACUAUGUAAAUUGUAUAUGAUAUAAAAAUAGUUUGCAUAAAUUUUUAUUAAAGUUUUGUGGCAUAUAAAA